AUGUCCAGCUUCAGCGUCCCAACCCUCGCAUCACAGUACAAGAUGGCUUCUGAUCACUCUUCGCCAUACGACACCUUCAGACAUCCUCUGGAGCUGCGCUAUGCAAGCAAGGAGAUGAAGCAUCUCUUCUCUCCCCGCAUGCGUGUCAGCACCUGGAGACAGCUGUGGAUCUGGCUGGCCGAGUCUCAAAAGGAGCUCGGUCUUGCCAUUUCUGAUGAGGCCAUCAACCAGAUGAAGGUCAACCAGAUUGUCCAGGAUGAUGAGUUCAAGAUUGCCGCAAAGGAGGAGGAGAGAAGAAGACACGAUGUUAUGGCUUGGGUCCACACAUACGGUCUCUGCGCUCCCGCCGCUGCCGGCAUCAUCCACUGGGGUGCUACCUCAUGUUACGUUACUGACAACGCUGACCUCAUCCUGAUGCGCGACGGUCUCGACAUUCUCCUCAAGAAGAUGGCCACUGCCAUUGACAAGCUUUCCGCUUUCGCCAUGCAAUGGAAGGACCAGCCCUGCCUUGGUUUCACUCACCUUCAGCCCGCUCAGUUGACUACUGUCGGAAAGAGAGCAUGUGUCUGGAUCCAGGACUUGUUGAUGGAUCUGAGAGCUAUGCAAAGAGUUCGUGACGAGCUUUGCUUCCGUGGUGUCAAGGGUACCACCGGUACUCAGGCAUCUUUCCUCCAAAUCUUCGAUGGUGACCAUGACAAGGUCGAGCAGCUUGAUGAGCUCGUUACCAAGAAGGCUGGUUUCGCUGGCUGCUACCCCAUUGCUACUCAGACCUACUCCCGUAAGGUUGAUCUCGAGGUUGGCAGCGCCGUCUGCAACUUCGGUGCCACUUGCCAGCGUAUCUCUACCGACAUCAGACAUCUUGCUUCCUGGAAGGAGGUUGAGGAGCCUUUCGAGAAGGACCAGAUCGGUUCCUCCGCCAUGGCUUACAAGCGUAACCCCAUGAGAUCCGAGCGUUUGACCUCUCUUGGUCGUCGUCUUGCGAACCUCCACGCUGACUUCAUCUCCACUUACGCCUCGCAAUGGAUGGAGCGUACCCUCGACGACUCCGCCAUUCGUCGUAUUGACAUCCCUGAGAUGUACCUGUGCGCUGAUGCUUUGCUCAUUCUCAUGAACAACAUCUUCAGCGGUCUUGUCGUUUACCCCAAGCGCAUCGAGAACCGUAUUCUUGAGGAGCUUCCCUUCAUGGCCACUGAGAACAUCAUCAUGGCUCUCGUCAAGAAGGGUAUCUCUCGCCAGGAUGCUCACGAGGAGAUUCGCGUUCUUUCUCACCAAGCCUCCGCUUCCGUUAAGCUGGAGGGUAAGCACAACGACCUCAUUGAGCGCAUUCGUGCAACACCGUUCUUCGAGCCCAUUCUCGGAGAGCUCGACGCUCUGCUUGACCCCUCCACCUUCACAGGCCGUGCUCCUCAGCAGGUCGAGAAGUUCUGCGGACCCGAGGGUGAUGUCGAGAAGGCCCUCGCCAAGUACCGCGCUGAGGGUAUUGAGGAGAAGGUUGGUGACAUCAUCCUUUAG